GUUUGCGCAUGCGCGCUGCAAAUCGGCCAGGGCACGCGCGUCGCAGCUCAUCGCAUAGUAACAGGAGCAUUUUGCAGGUGUUACAGCAGAUGAAUCUGGGACACUAAACAGUCGCCAUGAAGCAUUUUCUAAGGGUGCUGACCCAGUUCCUGGUGUUUCUGUACUGCAAAUGUUUGUGGCGAGGUUUGAAGUUUAUCUUCAGGAAGGUGACAGGACGAUGUGAGCUGCAGCGGAUCUGCUACAACAACAAGCCUGGUGCCCGCCGAACCCUCAAGAUCGAAUCCUCACUCAAAUGUUCUAAAAGUGAGCUUCUGCAGAAUGCUCUCAGUGUUCAUCCAGAUGCUGUUGAGAAGACCAUAGAUGACAUCAUGGCCCUGAAAAAGAUCAACCCUGACACAAAUCCACAGCUGGCCAUCUCUCUGCAGGCGAGCCUCUUCCAGAUAGUGGGCUACAGGAACCUGGUGCUGGAGGUGGAGAAGCUGCGCAGGGAGCCAUACGACUGCGAAAAUCCAGAUCAUGAAGAGAUGCUUAUGAAGCUGUGGAAGACGCUCCGUCCUGAUUCUGCCCUCACUGGCCGCAUCUCUAAACAGUGGUGUGAAAUUGGCUUCCAAGGCAGUGACCCCAAAACUGACUUUAGGGGCAUGGGGUUAUUGGGUUUGCACAACCUACUGUAUUUUGCCGAGCACGACAAGGCCGCUGCUCUCCAAGUGCUGCACGACUCUCUGCAGCCCAAACACAGUAAGAUGAGCAAAGCUGACUGGGAGAAGCAGAAAUUCGACAAAGCUAUUGGAUACUCCUUUGCCAUUGUUGGCAUCAACAUCACGGACCUGGCCUACUCCCUGCUGGUGAGCGGAGCUCUGAAGACUCAUCUGUACAACGUGGCACCUGAGAUGCCCAGCCUGAUGCACUUCCAGCAAACCUUCUGUUAUCUGAUGCAGGAGUUCCACCGGUUCUGGAUCGAGGAGGACCCAUGUGACAUCAUGGAGUUUAACCGAGUGCGCGCCAAAUUCCACAAGCGCGUCCUGAAGCAGCUGAAAAAUCCCGACAUGGCACUGUGCCCUCAUUUCACCGCCUCCGACCUUCACCUGGUCAACCUGUAGCUCCUCACCUCAUCCCUCACCUCUGACCUCUUACCAUUCUUCACUAUGUCUAAGCUUUCUGUCAUCACUGCCGAUUGGAUGGAGCUGUUUUUGUUCACACACAUGAACACAUGAAGUCAGUAUUUAUGGCUGCGCUGCUCUCUCUGUCAAAUAUUUAGUAAGCUCACAUCACCAGCAUCACUGAAGACCACGGUGAAUGUACACCUGCACAACGUUAUCUCUACUGAAUUUAGCACACCCUCACUGACUCGCAAUUCAGACGCGUGUAACACUGCAACAUCCAAUUUCGAAUCUGAUCGGAUGAUGUGAAUAUAGGCUGCCAAUAUUGCUGAUGGAGAUUCAGCCAAAGGGACGCGUUUGAGGUAAGGUAUAGUCAAUGAGGGCUUGUUAAAACAGUAUUGGAACACAUCCUGUUGCAAAGACAUUUAUUUCCUUUGCACUGGACACAGCAUUGACACUGUAAUCUUUUUAAUAUUUGGUUUUAAAGGAAAAGUCCACCCUGAAUGACUUACAUAUUAGUCUUUAUGAUUAAUGGGACCUUAAAUGUCAUCCAAGAUUUAUUUUACAAUGAAAUUGUGAGUUGGCUUUUUUGAGUUUAAAACUUCUUCCAUUGACUUGUUAGUCUAUUUUCGCUUUGGUGAAUGGUUUCCUAUGUUACCCAAAAUGCCAUUCGACUACAGGCUCAUAGCAGUGCAGUCGGAUUUGAUUAGAUUCAGCCCUUUCUUCAUCUCUACCUAAAGAGAGCGAUGCAGCAGUGCUUUAGUCCUUUUGUAUUACAUAGUAGUUUUGUUUACAGUGAAAGUUGAACCUACUAGGGAGUAGUAUUUAUUUAAGCUUUAACUUAUAACUUAAGGUUAGGUUAACACUACUUCACUUAGUGCAACUCUUAAUUAUUUUUAGUCGUUCACAAACUUGAACAUAGUGGUCAUUUAUGUUCAAACUAGUAUAUGACAGCGCUUAUGUUUACUUUCUUAUUAAUACCAACGGCGUCAUACUCAUCACCUCGAAGCUCUCUGACGCACCAAGCCUCUGCCGUAUCUCAUCGCAGCUGUGUCGUGUAGCUGCAUUGCAUCCUGGAACUUUGAGUCCAGUGUUUGCACCAACGUUUGUCUCUGCUACUUCUGUGUUGGAUUCCUCAUUAAUAUGAUCCCUGGAAAUGAUGCUCUUGUUCUUUUGGUGUUAGGAUCCAACAGCAAAAUCUGAACAUUAUAUCCCUUGUGUUAGAUUUAUUUUUUUUUUCUCUUAUUAAACACCACCGCGGCACACAACCGCAACCUUCUCAAGGGAUUAAAGAAAUUACAGCAACAACCAACAGAUUUGCACCAGAGUCACUAAACACCUCACAGAUGUGUUGCAGGGUGGACUUUUGCUUAGACUUUUAAUCAGAUAUUCAGUGUCAUGUGUGAGUUACAGAGCUCCCUAUUGACCAGUAGGUGGAGCUUUUACUCCAAGUCCAAUGUGACACAGGACAAACGAGCUAGCAUAUAAGGAAAUAAAGCACGCUUAUGUAGGUAAAAUGAAUAGAAGCAGCAGCGCACAUUCAGCCAUUAACAGUGUAAUUAACGUGAGUCGCUCUUAUAUAUCUCACCAUUUGUGAUUUUCACAUUUUUACAACAAAUAUUAACCAGAGAAGAGCUUGCUGCCAAGAGGUGUCGAUUAGAAACUUGACAAAAUGGUUAUAGUGAGCAUUUUGUGAACAUCAUUGUACUCGAUUCAUGAUGCUUUGGUGUUGAUGUAAAGUCAUGGAAUGUUCCAGGUUUUUUUUCUUCUUUUUUUUUUCUGGCUACCAAAGCAAUAAGUGACAUUUGAGAGAGUCUGUAUUUAUUUAUUUGCCCAGCCGUAGUAUUUACUCUGCUACUGUUAUACACUAAUAAGCAUAAGCACCUACUUACUUUGUAGACUAUUCUUUCUCUUGCAUUCACGCUUCUUUCUCUGUCUAGACCCUAAAACUAGACAGUCACAAGGUUUGCAUGGUGACUUAGGUUUGCCUGUGAGUUUUUAAUGAAUUAAUUUAUUUUGCACUGCUCUGUCACUCAUGACUAAUCUGAGUUGCUUACUGUGUGAAUGUCUACGCUUUUAGCAGUUUCUGCCUUUUUAUUUCAGAGUAAUGCAUUAUGCUGUGUUUUUAACCUACAAUCAACUGUAUAAGUGCUGAACGUCAUUAAGGGUUUAUAAACUGUAAAGAGUUACAAGCAAUUGCUGUACAUACUGCUUAACAUGAAUUCGAUUUUAUCCUGAUAAUGAAGGAUCAUCUGUGUGCAUGGCUGAAUAUCCAUCUUUCUAUGCCUUUCUCUGUUAUUGCUUAAUUGGAUCAGAGGAAGCCCUUUAGUGGCCAAACGCUUAUGUCAUGAGAUUAACUUGUGCAGUGUGAAGGGUGCUUUUAAAAACCAUUAUCAAAGCUAUAUAUGUGUAAUAAAAAAAAUAAUAUGGAAGGAUUUGGG